GCAGGUAUAUAAGGCAGUGGCCCUUCCGAUCCCGGCAGCAUUUCGUAAGUAACCUGUCAGCAAUUCUUUGAUCUCCUGCAUCUCGUCAUCAAUCUCUUGCAAGUCUCCAUCCAUUGCAAUCCAAUAUGGCCGAAGAAAUCCCCAAGAAGUGCAUCGGCGGCGUGGUCGUGAACGAGGGCCCCGACUUCCACCUCGAGGUCCAGGAGAUCGAUGUGCCAGAGCCAAAGGACGAUGAGCUCCUUGUCCGACUCAAUGCCACCGGCCUCUGUAUGUCCGAUGUGCACUUCAUGUUGAACGACUGGGCCCUCCCGCCCAUGUCCCAUUUCGGCACAAAGUGCGCCGGGCACGAGGGCGCUGGUGUCGUGGUCAAGAUCGGGUCCAAAGUACAGGGCUGGAAGCUCGGCGAGCGCGUGGGCAUCAAGCCGAUCGCAGACGUCUGCCACAACUGCGAGCAGUGCUGGAACGGCCGCGAGAACUACUGCGCUGGUGCCAUCUACACCGGCCUGAUGUCGACGGGCACAUACCAGCAAUAUGUGACCUCCCCCGCCAUCUACACCUCCCGCAUCCCCGACGGCGUGCCUGACGAAGUCGCCGGGCCGAUCAUGUGCUCCGCAUCCACCACUCACCGCGCCCUCAUCGAUUCCGGCCUCAAGCCCGGCAACUGGGUUGUGGUCCCCGGUGGCGGCGGUGGUGUCGGUAUCCAGGGUGUGCAGCUUGUCAAGGCCAUGGGUAUGCGCGCCAUCGUCGUCGAUGCCGGCUCAAAGGAGCAGAUGUGCAGGGAAAUGGGCGCCGAGGCGUUCGUUGACUUCACAAAGGAGAAGGAUGUCGCGGCGAAGGUGGUGGAGAUUGCAGACGGUAUUGGUGUUCACGGCGUGCUCGUGACCGCUUAUCAAGCCUACAAACAGGCAAUGGACUACUGCGCCAACCGAAUAGGCGCCAAGAUCAUGUGCAUCGCCCUGCCUCCCUCCGGCCUCCUCGAAAUCGGCGCCGAGCCAUCGCGCUUCAUCUUCAAGCACCUGCACGUCAUCGGCACGCUCGUCGGCACCAUGCAAGACACCGCUUCUUGCCUCGAGUACGCGCGACGAGGUCUGCUCAAGAAUGUCGCCGAGGUGCGCGGCCUGUCUGAGUGGCCAGAAGCGGUUCAGCAAUUGAAGGAUGGCAAGAUCGUGGGCCGUAUCGUUAUUGACUUCAACAAGAAGUAGAAGAUACGGAGUGCUGUGGAGAAGACAAGUGUAUUUGUCUCCAAACUCAGGAGUGUAAAUAGGUGACAACAAUCAUA